AUGGCAAAAUACGAUAAUUCAUGCAAUAUUCUCUAUAUUACAAUGCUUUUGGAUCCUCGAUUUAAAAAAUUUGUUCUUGAGCAUAAGUUACAGGAUGAAGCUAAGGGUAUUAUUACUACUAUGCAAGAGCAGCUUGAGAUCCAGUAUCCUAUAAUUUAUAAGACUGAACUUACUACAACUUCAGAAGAACCAGAACCAUCAGCCGCAUUUCAAAACCCGCAUAAGACCAUAGUAUCAGAGAUGAUGAGUAAGAUCAAGGCAAAGUCGCAAAAGUCUGCAGAAAAAUCCUCCGAUAUUGCACGAUAUCUCAAUUCUGAUGUUGUGAAAUUUGACGAGAAGAAGAGAAAUUUAAUUCACACAUGGUGGAGAGGUCAUAUAGAUGAAUGUCCACGCAUGGCAGCGGCUGCAUGGACAGGAUAUCACCUGACUCACGUAGACGCCUGCCUCUGUGCCAUAUUGGAACUAGCCCGUUCUAGGCGAGGUGUUGAUAUCAACCCUCGACCUCACCACUUAGCGAGAGCACACAUGACAUCUUCUAGAGCCUCAUCAUAA